AUGUUCGGACAAAAGAGAUUUUCCUUUAAUGAUAUCCCAGAUCUUACCGACAAAGUUGCGAUCGUAACAGGCGGCAAUGCUGGAAUUGGAUACGUAACAGCUCGUGAACUUGCCCGAAAAAAUGCACAUGUGAUUGUGUGCAGCAGAAGCAUCGAAAGAGGACAAACGGCCGUCAAUAAAAUCAAAACAGAAACUAACAACGAUAAAGUUGAAGUUUUGCAAUUGGACUUGGCGGAUUGGAAGGGUACCAAGGAUGCAGCGGAUAGUUUUGUUGCUAGGAAAUUGCCUGUUAAUAAUGCUGGAAUUAUGGCAACACCAUACGAAUUAAAUGAACAUGGAAUUGAAAAACAAUUCGCAACAAAUCAUGUCGGCCAUUUUGUGUUUACUAAAGUCCUUUUACCAGUUAUCGAAGCAUCAGCUCCUUCGCGUAUUGUAAAUAUUACCAGCGAUUACCAUAGACUUGGGAUAAAUUUUGACGAUAUCAACCUUGAAAAAGAAAGCGUAUGGGCUCGGUAUGGUCAGUCGAAAACUGCAAAUAUCUUGUUUACCAUAGAAUUAGCGAGACGACUUGAAGGAAAGCAAGUAUGGGCGAAUGCAGUUCAUCCAGGGUUCGUUGCCACCAAUUUAACACAAGGAUACAUGGCUCAAAGUGGAGUCUUGGUUAAAACAAUAGUCAACUUAGUAAAAACAAUUUUCGCGCUGAACGAAGACGAUGGUGCUCUAACGCAAUUAUACGCGGCUACGAGCCCUGAAAUUGAAAAAGAAAAUUAUCGCGGUAAGUAUUUUGUGCCGAUUGCGAAAUUGGAAACACCGAGACCGUUUGCCACGAAUCAAGAGACUGUUAGUCGGUUGUGGAAAUGGACUGAGGAAUUGCUUAAUGAGAAAUUAGGAAUUUAG